AACGUAAUUUCUGCCCAUUGUGGCGCACAUUCAGUAAUCGUUUGUUUUUUUCUAUAAUUGAAAAAACGUUUAUUUUUAAUUGAAAACCUCAGAGGUCAAGCUCAGCUUCGACUUUGACCGGGUUUUGUGCUUUCGUGGCGAUUUUGCACACGUGUAUACAGACCAGGUGGACACGCAUGCAAACAUAUAUGAACUUGUGCAUGAGUGUUUGUGUACAUAUGCGUAUGAAUGUGUAAAAUUUACCAGUGCUAACACCAAUUAUGUAAAAGCCUUAAAUGUGGCUUUGGGAUUAUAUUAUGGAAGUUAAACAACGUCAUACAGCUCGCAAAAAUGUUCGAGUGCCUGUGGUCUACAUUGGUUCAGUUUCUGCCACCUUCUGUGCUCUUUAUUUGGUAUUUGGCUGUGGUGCACAGCUCUUGUGCAACAUAAUUGGCGUACUUUAUCCAGCUUAUGUGUCCAUUCAUGCCAUUGAAUCGAGCACUAAACAGGAUGAUACCAAAUGGCUUAUCUACUGGGUGACCUUUGGUAUAUUCACGGUCAUUGAAUUUUUCUCCCAUCUCCUAACCAACAUUAUUCCACUCUACUGGCUGUUUAAGUGUGGCUUCCUCAUUUGGUGCAUGUUGCCAGUGGACAACAAUGGGUCUGUUAUUAUUUACAACAAGUUGGUGCGCCCACAUUUCCUGAAGCAUCAUGCUUCUGUUGACAAAAUCAUCGAUGAUGGCAUUAGGAAGGCUGGCAGCGUGCUAAAGGAUGACUAAAGGCGCUAUUACGUCUUUAUCACUUCCUUGAGCAUUUUUGUAGUCUCCGCCGUCAGUUUGCAUCAUAUUGGACCGCAAUGAUUGUCUGCACAUUUAAUUUUGUACUUGAUUGUUGUUUUGGGCGCAUGCCACUUGGUUUUGAAAACCCCCAUUUGAUGACUCGCAUUAGAUGUGUUUAUAGUGAAAUCUCGGCUUGUUAACAUAAAUUAAAAGAAUACACAAAAUUAACUAUU